UCUGUCACCAACUCCACACACGAGACGUUGGCCGAUUUCAAGUUCAAAUCGUCUUAUCUAGUAAUAAUAUGUCUUAUCAACUUUAAUUAAAAGCUACUGUCUUUCGUAUAAUUUUUAUCGAACUUUAAUUCCGCAGUUACACGCUAUUCUCAGCGUUUUGCGGAUAGUAGCAGUAUAAAUAAUCAUAAUUGAAACUACUUUGUCCGGAGUAAACGUGUCCUUUGCCUGUAGGAACUCACUACGCUCUGAAAAAAAAAAAUAAACGUCAAAAUGACAAUCGAUCUCUGAGUGUUUGGAAGUGUGUGAUAUUUUUGCGAAUAUUUCUAAAUAUUUAUUUUAACGAACAGUUCAUUUCUCUGUAGUGUAAAAUGUUUAAUUUAUAAAAAGAAGACAGCUUUUAAAAAGUUGUUUCCCUACGUACCUAUUGCAUUUUGUAACCUGUGAUAUUUUUAGUUAGACGCACAAAAUGUUUAUAAAAUCUGUUAUUGUUUUAAUUUUAUUUGAAGGAGUUAUUAUAAAAGGAGAUGAAAAACUCUCACAGAAAACGGUAGACUUCUGGGAUGAAACGGAACCAUUUGGUCAAACAGGGUCACCAUCCCCUGACCUCAGACUCCCAUCAUACGUAGUACCGAGUUUCUACAGGCUCAAACUAAAAGCGGAACUAGAAAACUCAACCUACUCUGGUGAUGUUUACAUAACACUCAAAGCCAGUAAAAGUGUCAAAGAAAUUAUAUUACACUCUAAAAACCUCAGUAUUAGUAGCAACGCUAAGCUUACAGAACAAAUAUAUGAAAAAGUUGAGACUUUGCGGUCACUGAAAGUGAAGCGGGAAGCACCAGAAGUUAAUGUCACCACCACUGCAGACAACACUACCACCGAAGUUCCUACAACAAGUAUAGCUGAUCAGAAUGCAACAACAGCUACGGUACCAGAAACAACAACCACUGAGGAUAAUGCCACAACUUUAAGGACAGAUACAACACCAGCUCCUACUCCGGUAGAUACAGAAAUAAGUCAUAGUGCGGUGCGGACUAUCAAAAUUCUCUCAAUAGUGCAAGGUACAGGAGACAGACUGAUUUUAGGACUAGAGUCUGCGUUGAAAGCUAAUGUGGACUACGUACUGCAGCUCUCGUUUGAAGGUGCAAUCUCUAACUCAUUGACUGGAUUUUACAAGAGUACCUAUGUUAAUGACAAAAAUGAAGUCAAGAACCUAGGGGUCACUCAAUUCGAGCCGACGUCGGCGCGGUCCGCGUUUCCUUGUUUCGACGAACCAGCCUUCAAAGCCAAGUUUGAGAUCAGCAUUGCGCAUCCCGAGACUGUCACUGCGCUGUCAAAUAUGAAGAUAGUUGCGCAGGAGCCUGUCCCCGAUCAACCAGGCUGGCAAUGGACGCACUUCGACAGAUCAGUCAGCAUGUCCACCUACCUAGUAGCCUACGUGUUAUCAGACUUCAAGUCCUUAGAAACCAGCUACACAAGCACGAAUAACGUUACCAUACCAAUCAGGAUUUGGACCAGACCUGAGUUAAUAGGGAAGGCUAAAUACGCGUCAGUGAUUACGCCCAAACUCCUCGCGUACUAUGAAGAAGUGUUCGGUGUGCCCUACGCUUUGGACAAGAUGGAUCUUAUUGCUAUUCCUGAUUUUUCAAGUGGAGCCAUGGAGAAUUGGGGGCUGGUUACUUUCAGAGAAACGACCCUUCUAUUCGACGAGGCGGAGAGCGUGCCCCGCGACAAACAGAACGUGGCCAUAGACAUCGCGCACGAGCUGGCGCACCAGUGGUUCGGGAACCUGGUCACCAUGCGCUGGUGGACCGACCUCUGGCUCAACGAGGGAUUCGCCACCUAUAUCGAGUAUGUUGGAGUUGAUCAUGUGGAGCCAGAAUGGAACAUGUUCGAAUCGUUCUCCCGCGACAAGAUGGACCUGCUUCGCUCCGACGCCCUGAAGAACACGUCUCCUGUGUCACGGAAAGUGGAGGAUGCGUCGGAAAUAUCACAGAAAUUCGAUGAAAUAUCCUACACUAAGGGAGCCAACCUUAUACGGAUGUUGAACCAUACCAUUUCGGAGGAUCUCUUCCAUAAAGGAUUGGUUAUUUAUUUGAAUCAAUGGAAAUACUCGAACGCGGAAGAGAAUGACCUGUGGCACGCCAUGUCGAAGGCGACUCCAUCGGACCCCGCGCUGAAGGACCUCAAUGUAGUCGACUUCAUGAACUCUUGGACCAGACAGGCCGGGUACCCCGUCGUCAGUGUUAACAGGAACUAUGAAACCGGACGGGUGGACUUUGAACAGCGCCUGUUCACGGCAGCAACAGACCCGUACCAGAAGAUGUUGGACCAACUAUGGCACAUCCCCAUCAGUUACUGCGUCGUGGACUCGCCCGUCCACACGUGGACCUCCAAACCCAAGACCUGGCUCAAAGGACGCACUACCGCUGUCAAUCUACCUAUCAACGAUACGCAGGCGUUGUAUGUCAAUGUUGAUGCUAUUGGUUACUACAGAGUAAACUACGACAAGAAGAACUGGGAGCUAUUGAGCAUUGCUUUGAAAACGGGACAAAUUAAAUCGCCCAUAACGAAAUCUCAGCUUAUAGACGAUGCCUUCAACUUAGCCAAAGUGUCACGCCUUAACUACAGUUACGCGCUCGGUCUGACCACUUGUGUCAUCAAUGGAGAAGAUUCCAAAAUGGUCUGGGAUCUACUACUGAACAACAUGGCGUUUUUGAGACAUAAUUUGAGAGCUACGUCUGGUUAUGUUUAUUUCCAAGACUACAUGAGAAUAUUGCUGGCUAAACAGCUAGAGAAAGUGAACUACGGGCUGUCGAAGCCGAAGGACGACAACGAGGCGUUCCUGAUCGAGAACCUGGUCAUGUGGGAGUGCUACGUGGAGUCCCCGCGCUGCCUGCAGUGGGCCAGGGAACAGUUCGACAACUGGACCCGCCAGGACGAUGUUAACAAUAACCCUAUCCCCAGUUACCUGCGCGGCCUAGUAUACAACAUGGUACUCCGUCACGGCGGGCGCACGGAGUUCGAGUUCCUGUACCGCGUGUUCCAGACCUCCACCGACCCCAACGUCAAGACUCUCAUCAUCAACAACCUGCCCAGCACGAGGGAGGAGUCGCUUAUUACUUUACUGCUGGAGCGGUCCCUGUCGGAGAUCCCGAAGCAGUACGCGGUGGCGGCGUGGAGCGUGGAGGCGCCGCUCGGGACCCGCCUCGCGCAGGACUUCCUGCUCAACCACUUCCACCAGGUAUACGACAAGUUCACCCAGAUGGACGCGUUCAUGUUCCCCGCCGUGCUCAGUGGCAGCUUCGGGUUCAUCUCUACUGAGGAAGAACUUACCAGGCUGAAGAACUUCGCCCUAAAACACAAGGAGCAGUUGAUGCCGAUGUCCCAGACGCUCCAGAAGUUAGUCGACACGGCCACGUUCCGCAUCGACUGGGUCAGGAAACACUCCGCCGGCAUCAGCAAGUGGUUCCAGGACUAUGUCUCCGGUAAAUCGCCUCUAUCACAAAUAAGUACAGUGGCGCCGACUACAGCCAGCCCGGCUGGCAACUCCAGUACGACGGCAGACACUACGCCGAGCGACAAUACGCCAAGUGGAACUACGCCGGAAAGCACUACGCCGAGUAACACUACGACACCUGCUGCAGCGUAACGCGCGCACUGGUACUCUUAACUUGAUGUAAAUAUUUUUAAACGUUCCUAAACUUAGAUGAAUAAACCAAAAAAAAAAAACAUCAAUGGCAGACUCUGUGCUAAGAAAACUUGUGAAGAUUUCAUAAUUUAAUUUUGGUCUAACCACACUUGAAGACAAAAUGUUACUAAAAAUACUAAUUUAACGAUUAUAAAACUAGCUAAAAUCUACGUCCUUUAAUUUUUUUCGUCGGAAUCUCAAGAUUUUAUAGCUACUAGUGGCGUAGUGUUGCUAGGGUUUUCAAAAUAAAAUUAUUUUCAAAACAACACUAGCCAUACUACCAAAACUAGCAACAUUUUUUCACGAUUACUUAAUAAAAUAUAAACUAAGUUUUUGGUUAUAAAAUAAUAUAAUAAUUUAGUAUUAGACUUUGAUAUAAUCAAGCCUAAGAUGCGAGCUAGUCGCCAAAUAUUAAGUUCAUUAUAUUUUGAAAAAAAAACUAAUAUUUUUACAUACAUAAUUAAAUCUUGUUCGUCAAUCAAAUACACAUACUUUCAAAGUAUUACCUUAACAGUAAUCGGAAUAGUAUGUCCGAUAUUUGGACUCGACGAUAUACCGUGUACAUAAAUAUAUAAAAAUAUCGAUAAACACCUCAAUAAUCGAUUCUCAUUAUCGAUAAUUUCACAUCCCUAUUUCUAUUCCUUUAUGUAUUUCUAUAAACUUUAUAAAAUAUAUUAUUUAUUAGAAUUUUUAGCGUUUAAAGGUUUUAUAUUUUAUAAUUAUAAUAUAUUUGCCAAAUUAGAUAUUGCUAUAUGAAUUAUGUGAAGCCAAAGCUAAAAGCAUACUGUCACAAAAAAUAUAAUUAAGAAUAUAUUGUUCGGCAAAAUUAUUGUACUUAUUAUUAAAUUAUAAUUGUAAUUUUUAUAGAUAAUUUAUUUAUAAAUCUGAAUCUUAAUGUUAGCAUCACUUGUUAGAUUUAGUACAAUUAUAAAUAAGUUUAUUUUUAUUAUUAUGUUACCUUAGUUGUGGCCAUAUUACCUACAUUGGAUCUGUAUACGAUAACUUCUUAAAUUAAUGUUUAACGUGGACACUUUUGAGGCUAAACACGCACAAAAUUCAGGGCUAACAUACAAUCACAAACAUGUUACAUGCAAAGUUACUAAAAAACACUUUACACAUACUUGAACUAAAGUAUCGAUCAUUAUCAUCUUAUAUCAGCCAAAAGACAUUCACAUAGGCCUAUUAUAAUACCUCCAAAUUGGCGAUCUUGCAUUUAUAUCGAUACUUAAUUAAAAUAAGUAUAUCGAUAAGAUUCGCGCUGUAUUUUAUCGAUACUGUACACUUCACUAUGACUACUGACUAUUUCGUCCAUAAACAACACCAAAUGUAUGAAAGAGAGGACUAAUACUAUCUCUCUUUCUUUUAACUUUGCAUGUAGCAAUUUUUUGUAGAUAAAAAGUCAUGAACUAACCUAAAUGACAAACAUUUUUACUAAUAGCAAAAUUAUUUAAAGAAAAUUUAAUGCAUUUUGAAGUUUUUGAACUUCUUUAAGUUCAAAAAUGUUGUUGAUCUUGAUAGAAGCUAUUGACACUGUUUGUUUUAUAAAUAUUUAAUGCAAUUACGAUUUUAAAUUCAUAUUCAUUAAAUAAAAAGAAUCGUCAUGGAAAAUUAUCGGCUACAUAAAUUGUUUACUUUUACACAUUUCAAAAUGAAAAAAGAGUUGAACUCUAGAUUAAUAUUAUUAAAAAAACAAUAAAUUAUCUCCUGUAUAAAAACCUAUUGUUAAUUAUUAUUGUGUUUUUUAUUUAUUACAGAUAGCAACACUCUCCAUUUUAAAAUCCUACAAAUAAUCAAUCUUUUUUAAAUGGUUUAUUAUAAUCUGUUGUAUCAAAUGUUACCAUCAUUGAAAUGUUUUGUGUUGCCACCUGUAAAUAUUACAUUAUUUAAUAUUAAUCGUUCCUAUUUAUUAUACAAAAAAAAACUCGAAUUUAGAUAAUCUUAUUUGUUAAAAUAUAUUUGUGUAAACUUUUUAUUGUAAGUGUUUGCAUGGGAAAGCUUAAUGUUGAAUAAAUAAUUUAAUAAAUUA